UUCAUCCAUUAACACACCAAAAAAAAAAAAAAAAAUCUCCCUUUCAAUUCGAGACAUUUCUUUGCCGACCAAGAAAUAUACGAUAUGGGCAGAGAAAGCAUAGAAGGAGGAGAACUUUCAAGUCCUCUAGUUGCCAAGAAAAACGAUGGAGCAUGCGCCAGUGGUGGUGGCGGUGGGCACAGUGGUGGCUCUUCGGCCACAGGCGUUAUUGUGUUUAGUACUCUGGUUGCUGUCUCCGGUUCCUAUGUUUUUGGAUCAGCUGUGGGAUAUUCAUCACCUGCUCAGUCUGGAAUCAUGGAUGAGCAGGGCCUGACUGUGGCAGAGUAUUCACUUUUUGGUUCAAUAUUGACAAUUGGAGCAAUGAUAGGUGCAUUAGUGAGUGGCAAAAUGGCAGAUUACAUAGGCAGAAGCGGUGCAAUGGGCCUUUCAGAGAUACUCUGCCUGGCAGGGUGGCUAAUCAUUGUAUUCUCUAAGGUCAAUUGGUGCCUCGACCUUGGGAGACUGUUGGUUGGUUGUGGGAUGGGACUUCUUUCUUAUGUGGUACCUGUAUAUAUAGCAGAAAUAACACCUAAGAAUCUUCGAGGAGGGUUUACAACCGUUCAUCAGUUGAUGAUAUGUUGUGGCGUGUCAUUAACAUAUCUAAUUGGAGCUUUUGUAAACUGGCGGGCUUUGGCUCUUAUUGGAACCAUUCCGUGUCUAGUACAACUUCUUGGUAUAUUUUUCAUUCCAGAGUCUCCAAGAUGGCUGGCAAAGAUUGGUCGAGAGAAAGAGUGUGAAACUGCUCUUCAGCGACUCAGGGGGGAGAAUGCAGAUAUCUCACAGGAAGCUGCUGAGAUCAGGGAUUACACAGAAACCCUUCAACAGCUUUCGGAAGCUAGUUUUCUCGACUUAUUUCAACGACAAUAUGCUCAUUCACUUAUCGUUGGAGUUGGUCUCAUGGUACUACAACAAUUUGGAGGGGUCAAUGGCAUUGCAUUUUAUGCAAGUUCUAUAUUCAUAUCAGCUGGGUUUUCGGGUAGUCUUGGGACUAUAGCAAUGGUCGCUGUUCAGAUUCCAAUGACGGCCUUGGGUGUAGUCUUAAUGGAUAAAUCCGGACGACGACCACUGCUACUGGUUUCUGCAGCAGGAACAUGCUUAGGCUGCUUGCUCGUGGGGCUGUCCUUUGUCUUGCAGGACCUUCAAGAAUGGACAGAGAUCACUCCGAUUUCAGCACUUGUUGGUGUACUGGUAUACACAGGAUCUUUCUCAUUAGGCAUGGGAGGAAUACCUUGGGUCAUAAUGUCAGAGAUAUUUCCCAUAAACAUGAAGGGUAUGGCUGGUAGCCUUGUGACAUUGGUUAGCUGGUUAGGUUCUUGGAUUGUCUCAUAUGCUUUUAACUUCCUAAUGGAUUGGAGUUCAGCAGGAACAUUCUUCAUUUUUUCAAGCAUCUGUGGCUUAACUGUUGUGUUCGUGGCGAAGUUGGUGCCAGAGACCAAGGGUCGAACACUGGAAGAAAUUCAGGCAUCAAUGAAUUCAUUUUCAGCAAAAAGAUAAAUUCUGCAUGACUGUACAACAGCACCAAUCCGUGUUUGAAUAAGCAAAAUGACUGAAAAUAAAAGAAUUUCUUGAGUCAGAGA